UUAAAUUUGGAAUUUUUUUGAAUUUGGAAUCUUAUGACGUAACUUUAUUACGAUAUCGUUACUUAAUGUUGUUGACAUAAAUGAUAGUAAACAAUAUUUAACUGAUGUAACAGUUUAUCUAGUAGUAGAGUAAUUAAUAGCACUUUUAAUUAACUUUUGUGUUUUAAACUCUUAAAUUAACUAAGAAGAUAAUGUUGGCGCUAAGGGCAACGUUUUCUAUAGCAAUUUUCUUAUCAAUCAUUUAUAAGACGGAAUGCAUCCAAUGCUACUAUUGCACCAGCGCAAACAACACCGCCUGUCUGGACGUCAACAUGUACGAGCCGGAGCUGCGUCCGCGCAUCAUCCCCAUCAUCGAGUGCGACCGCGCCAUCCCCAGCUCGGUGGCGGUCAACUUCUUCUGCAGGAAGAUCAUUCAAACGGUGUUCCACCCUCACCGUGACUCAGAGGUCCGCGUGACACGUGGCUGUGGCUGGGUGCCCCACGAGCGGGAGUGCUACAAGGACGACAACAGUGACCACCUCGGGACCUACUGCCAGUGCUUCGACGACCUCUGCAACAGCGGCGACACUGUCGACCCUACCGUCGCCACUGUGCUGUUUUUAGUCUUCGCCGCUGUUACUUAUUUGUGGAGUGGAAUAUAGAUGAUUGAUGUUAAA